CCAGCAGAGGGAUUGCGUCCACACCCAGCUGUCUCAAAACAAAUAAGUCUGUGUGCUACUCUAGACUCAGGCUGGGACAAAGACCAGAUGUAAGGGAAAAGUGCUCUGGUCAACAGUUAACGCGCUAACCAACUUGGUCAAAGAGAGCAUGUCACACAGGCAAAGGGAAUCUGUCUUCUUGGGGAAGAGCUGAUCUGAGAUUUAAAUUGUAAUGUAAAAUGCCAUAUUUGUGGAAGAAGACUAUUUUCCAGUUAGUAGAGGAGUUUAAAUGGAUAAGAGGAAAGCUUUGUUAGUAAUUUCUGAAGAAAACAUGAGUUUUAAGGGAGGGAAUUAUUCUAACUUGGAUCUGAACUGUUAGGAUUAGGUCUACAGUCUAAUAGCACAUCAUAAUAUUCCUCUCUCCUUCCAUCAAUUUAUGAGUGGCUGCCCACUUUCAGUAGAAGGCAUGGCUUCGGUUUUACCUGCAUCCAAUAAAUCCAUGAAAUCUGACAGGAAUACAAAUGUUGGGAAAAAGUUUGUUCAUGUUCAAAAUCCUUACCUGGAUUUGAUGGAUGAAGAUAUACUCUAUCACUUCGCUUUAGGAACAAAAACACACAACCUUCCAGUAAUGUUUGGGGAUGUAAAGUUUGUCUGUGUUGGUGGGAGCUCCAACAGAAUGAAAGCAUUUGCACUGCGGAUGCACAAGGAGCUGGGAUGUGAGGGAGAUGGAGAAGAAAUGAAAGACAUUUGUGCUGGGACGGACAGAUUCUGUAUGUACAAAACCGGGCCUGUGCUUUCCAUCAGCCAUGGCAUGGGCGUUCCUUCCAUUUCUGUCAUGCUUCACGAACUCAUCAAAUUACUUUACCAUGCGCAGUGCUGUGAUGUGACCAUUUUUCGAAUUGGUACCUCAGGGGGAAUAGGGAUCGAGCCAGGAUCUGUGGUUAUCACAGACACAGCGGUGGACUCCUUCUUUAAGCCCCGGUUUGAGCAGGUCAUCAUGGACAGCAUCGUCACCCGAAGUACUGAACUCGACAGGGACCUUGCUGAGGAGCUGUUCACCUGUAGCAAAGAUUUCCCUCACUUCCCAACCCUCAUUGGACACACAAUGUGUACUGAUGAUUUUUAUGAAGGCCAAGGUCGAUUAGAUGGGGCACUGUGCUCUUACUCAAGAGAAAAGAAGUUAGAUUACUUGAAGAGAGCCUACAAAGCCGGGGUCAGGAACAUUGAAAUGGAAUGUACAGUGUUUGCAGCCAUUUGUGGACGUUGUGGUAUAAAAGCUGGGGUGGUCUGCGUGACCCUUCUCAACAGGCUGGAAGGAGACCAGAUCACCACGCCUCAUGACGUGCUGGUUGAGUACCAGCAACGGCCUCAGCUCCUGAUUGCCACCUUCAUCAAGCAACAGCUUGGCCUCUGUAGGACGCCCCCGCCCGCCCCUGCGAGUCCGGAGCGCACGUUGCAGUGUUGAAGCCAUCGGUUCCGUGUGGCAUUUUCAUAGUGUUCUUACCACAUACUAAAAUGAUAAUGGAGUGAUUUAACAGAAUCCUUUUCCCUUGAAAAGAUGGAUUCAUUCUAAAGUGUUUCAAAUACACAUGAAAUUCAGAUUUCAUUUGUGAAUGACUCCAUCAGCCUAAUGAUUGCAUGUUUUAAAAUUCUGGAGGGUAGCAUUUGGCAUUCCACAGGCAGCUUUGAGCUCACUUUAAAAUCUGUCAUUUGUAGAUCUCUCCCAGUCACUCCAUUUCUGAAACCAAUCCAGAUAUUCAUGUUAGAACGUUGUCAGGCACUUCUAGGUGUUGGACAAGUGACAGAAAUUGAUCAUCCACAUUCAAAAUACUUACAGAAAAAGUAUCCAUGUACUGCAAAUCUCUACAGAAAUAUUCCCCAAGAGAAAUGUAUGUGAUCCGACUUCUUUUCCUGCUCCAUUCCAGGGCACGUCAGAACAGAUUAGAGGCCACCAUACUUGCCUAUGCUUGGAAUCUGAUCCCACAGGCUCGACCGACACCAGAUCACACAUUUAUUUUCCAAUAAAAACCACCAGUAAUCCAAAGAAAAAUCCGAAUGCCUCUUCCGAAAUCACAAGGGACUAAAAAUUGCCUUCUAGUGACUCCUUUAUCUCUUGUAAGAAAACGUGGCUGGGAUGAGGCUGUGUUUUCUGCUCCAUUCCAUUUGUAAUUGAAUUGAGCCUUGAGUUCAAGUGUGACAGUAGUCCUUUGGUGUGACUUUGUGGCAGAUCCCUGCCCAGGCCCUGCUUGUACCUCUACCCAGUUAGACGACCUGGAGACACGGAGUCGCUGACAGGCAGCAACAAGUUCCCCAUGAAUCGGUCGUGCUUGGAGCUUCUGCAAAAGCUGAUAUACUCAGGAGUUUGGAAGCAUGGAUGGUGGAAGGAUGGCUUGCAAACGUGUAUAGUGUGUAAUGUUCUGUACAUAUAUUUAUAUGGUUAUGGCUCAAAUAAACUUUAAUUCCAAUCAUGA